UGCUCUCUCUGUCUCUCACCAACUCUGUCACACUCUCCUAGAUUUGGGGAGGAGUCAGAGAAGCUGUUUCUCUUCAGCCGGGAUUGUACAAAUACUAGAGAUACUGUCAGCAGAGUUUGGUCGUGACCCAGCCGACCCCAGCUGAGUCCAGGACCUACAUGAUGCACUGCUGGGAAAACGGGAUCCACGUUCUCUGUUGUGGGCUGAUCCUGGGCGGCGCAGGCCACCUGGUCGGGGUCAGGACGUCCCAGGCAUCCUACGGACGCUACUUGGGCGUCUCCACCACUGCCAGGAAGAUACCAGCCCGGGUGGCCUGGUUCUUCCAGGAGCUUCCUGCUCUUCUGGUUCCCCUGCUGCUGCUGGUGCUCACCACCAGCAGACCCUCCGGCCUGGGGAGACACCUGCUCCUUGGAACCUUCUGCCUUCACUACUUUCAAAGGGUUUUUGUGUAUUCCCUGCUAACCAAGGGUCAGCCCUUUCCCUUGGAUGUGAUGCUGACAGCUGCCCUGUUCUGCACUGUGAAUGGGUUUCUGCAAGCACAUUAUCUGCUACACUGUGCCCAGUAUGAGGAUGACUGGGCGUCCGACUGCCGUUUUCUGAUGGGUUUGAUGAUGUUUCUCAUCGGAAUGGCCAUCAACAUCCAUAGCGACUAUAUUCUACGCAACCUACGGAAAUCAGGAGAGGUUGUGUACAAGAUUCCUAAAGGAGGCCUGUUUGAGUAUGUGUCUGGAGCCAACUACUUUGGGGAGAUCUUGGAAUGGUUUGGUUACGCCAUAGCCACCUGGUCACUACCAACUCUCUCAUUUGCCCUGUUCAGUUUGUGCUUCAUUGGCCCACGGGCAUACCAUCAUCACAGGUUUUAUCAUGAACACUUCAAAGACUAUCCCAGGUUACGAAAAGCUCUGAUUCCAUUCAUCUUUUGAAAGAGGAGGGCAAGGGACAAAAAAUUAUGUUGUACGAUAUUGACUUUAGGAAUGUGUCAAACGCUCGUUAUAUACUUGUGUUGUUUCAAUGUCCCAUCUCUCAUCUGCUCCUCUAUUUCAAAAACUCCAGAUUCAAACCAUUUAUGACAUCAAUAUUUUUUAAAUGUGUUUUUAUUAAAUGAAAUAGUCCUAGGCAGUUCCAAGACUUACUCUAAAGUAAAUUCACAGGUCCAAUUAUGGAAAAGCUUUUCCCAUCAGGAAAAAAAUGGUCAACUCAUUUGUUUCACUCAUAGUGGCAUCAUGUAUCAUUACUAUCACCGGUACUCAGGAGUCGAUACAUACAUUACCAAUAUCCGCCCCAAGGAUACACGCACCCACUCAGAUAUACUCAUACAACUAUCUGUUAUUUUUUUGUAUUUCAAAUUGUGCCCCCAUAAUCCUGAUAAAUAUUAUCAGAAAUUGCACUUAUUUCACUGCACUAGAAGCUCAAACUGCUCCUACCUUUCCAUUGUAAUCUUCAUCACUGUAUAAUCAUUCACGAUGACAUCAUAGUCCUAUGGCAUGCAAUCAGUUCAGAACAUUGCAUUACUCCAUUUCUGAAUACCUUUCUCAAAUACAGCAGUAGUCUUGACAGGUCAUUUGCAUGGUGAAACCGAAAACAAUGAAGGGAAGAUGAACAGGUAUAACAAGUAUAACAGGUAUAACAGGUAUAACAGAU